AUGGCAUCGGUCCCUGUCCUAGUUUCGACGCUCACCUGGUGCACGCCCUUCGUGCGUCGCGCCACGGUCAUGUCGUCGCCCGUUUGCGACUUCCGCAGCAGCCGCAGCGGCGACUAUUCGCAGAACACGGGCCGCUGGUCUUGCGGCCCGCUCGACGGCUUGCGGUCGCUGGCAGUCUGCUCGUCAACGUCGGUGCCACGGGCGGUGCUGCCGCGCUCGACGGAUACUGACGCUAUUGCGACCUUCCUCCGAGAGACUGAGGGCGCGCCGCGCGUCAUCUUCUGCACCUACCACUCUGCGGAUCGCGUGGGCGCGGCGUUGCGGGAGGUUGGAGCUGCGGCCGACCUGCUGGUGUGUGACGAGGCGCACCGCUGCACGGGACGGACGAGCAAGCGGUUUGCGAGGCCGCUCUUUGACGAGUUUCUUCCCGCCCGCCGCCGCCUCUUCCUCACCGCCACGCCCAAGCUCAUCGGCGAGAAGCGCGACGCAGACGGAGCCCUCAUCCCGGCCGGAUCGAUGGACGACGAGAGCCUUUUUGGGCGGCAAGUUUACCGGCUAAGCUACGGCGAGGCGGUACGACUCGGGGUAGUGUCGCCGCUCAAGCUCGUCUUUCUGGACGUCGCCGACAGGUAUGCAGCGUGGGCGGCCGGUCGCGUGUCCGACUCUGACACGGACGACUCGGACUUGGUCGCGCUCUGCCUCGCCAUGCUCGACUGCCGCAGGAGCUACGGCGUCCGCACCGCCUUUGCCUUCUCCUCCUCCAACGCCCGCGCUGCAAGGCUCGAGCUAGUCGCGACGUCGGUCCUAGAGUCGGACGAGUUUGCCGUCGGCCGCGUCAACGGGUCGAUGCUGUCGGACGCGCGAGAGCGGCGGCUGGCGCCGCUGCGGCGGGCGGGCGAAGCCGCGGCACCGACUCAGCUCGUGACCAACUGCCGCGUGCUUGCGGAGGGCGUCGACUUGCCGUCGGUCGACCUCGUCGUGUUUGCCGACGCGAAGCAGAGCCACGUCGACAUCCUCCAGUGCAUGGGCCGCGCGUCGCGCGUCGCGCCGGGAAAAGCGUUCGGCUACAUUCUCGUGCCGGUCAGCGAGGAGGCGGCCGAUGGCGGGGCACAUGGCAGGGCGACGGCGGUUUUGAGGGCGUAUGCCGAGCAGGACGCGGAGUUCCGCGAAGCCCUCGCUGCGCUCGUCAGCGGCGAGGCGCGCGCAGGGGGGCCGCUCGACUACUCGGAAUGGCCAGAGGCGCUGCGCAGCGUGCUGCUGCUGCCAGAUCGCGGCGACGUGCAGCGCGCGGCGGAGCGGACGGUUGCGACGGUGGCGCGGGAGCUCAUCGACCGCUGGGAGCGAAUGUUUGGGCUGCUGCAGGCCUUCCGGGAGCAAGAGGGGCACGCCAAUGUGCCGCGGAAGCACGUGGAGGAUGGCGAGCAGCUUGGCGGAUGGCUCAGCCGCCAGCGCAAGCUUCACAAACAAGGGCUGCUGCCGGGAAUGCGCGCUCAACGGCUGGAGGCGGUGGGCGUGGUGUGGGAUGCUCGGGCGGAGCAGUGGGAGCGCAUGUUUGGGCUGCUGCAAGCCUUCCGGGAGCGAGAGGCACACGCCAACGUGCCGGACAGGUACGUGGAGGACGGCGAGAAGCUUGGUUCAUGGCUGCAGACGCAGCGGAAGCGCUACAAGGCGCGAGGGUGGAGCGAGGCGGAGCGCAAACGCGGGAAGGCCAGCGCGAUGAGCGACGAGGAGGUGGAGCGGAUGGAGGCGUUGGGCGUGGCGUGGGACCCGCUGGCGGAGCAGUGGGAGCGCAUGUUUGCGCUGCUGCAGGCGUUCAAGCAGCGUGAGGGGCACACCAAUGUGCCAGCAAAGCACGUGGAGGAUGGCGAGAAGCUAGGUGUCUGGCUGUCGGACCAGCGGAAGCGCUACAAGGCGCGAGGGCUGAGCGAGGCAGAGUGCAAACGGUUGUCGGUCAGUGCGAUGAGCGACGGGGCGGUGGAGCGGUUGGAGGCGGUGGGCGUGGUGUGGGAUGCUCGGGCGGAGCAGUUGGAGCGCAUGUUUGGGCUGCUGCAGGCGUUCCGGGAGCGAGAAGGGCACACCAAUGUGCCGUACCGGCACGUGGAGGACGGCGAGAAGCUUGGUGUCUGCCUGUCGAACCAGCGGAAGCGCUACCAGGCGCGAGGGUGGAGCGAGGCGGAGCGUAAAUGCAAGAAGGCCAGCGCGAUGAGCGACGAGGUGGUGGAGCGGCUAGAGGCGUUGGGAGUGGCGUGGGAUGUGCUGGCGGAGCAGUGGGAGCGCAUGUUUGGGCUGCUGCAGGCCUUUCGGGAGCGAGAGGGGCACGCCAAUGUGCCGUACCGGCACGUGGAGGACGGCGAGAAGCUUGGUGUCUGGCUGGGGACGCAGCGGAAGCGCUACCAGGCGCGAGGGCUGAGCGAGGCGGAGCGUAAACGCAGGUAUGCCAGCGCAUUGAGUGACGAGGAGGUGGAGCGGCUAGAGGCGUUGGGCGUGGUGUGGGAUGUGCUGGCGGAGCAGUGGGAGCGCAUGUUUGGGCUGCUGCAGGCGUUCCGGGAGCGAGAGGGGCACGCCAACGUGCCAAGCGGGCAUGUGGAGGACGGCGAGAAGCUUGGAUCUUGGCUGUCGACCCAACGGAAGCGCUACCAGGCGCGAGGGUGGAGCGAGGCGGAGCGCAAGGGCAGGAAGACCAGCGCGAUGAGCGACGGGGAGGUGGAACGGCUGGAGGUGGUGGGCGUGGUGUGGCAGCGCCGUGGCACACCCACAUAG